GCAGCAAUGUUGUUUUCGGUAACGCAAGUUUUAAUUUCUUUGGCGGUAGUUUUGCUAAGCUUUUUAGCUUAUUUUUACUCGGACGUUAUAAGAGCAAGAAGAAAAUGUGAUUGGUUACCGCAUGCACCCAGAAUACCAUUUUUGGGGUGCGUUUUGGAGUUUGGGGCCUUAACUGAAAUCUUCAAUACUCUUACAAGACUCACAAACAAUUCAAAGAAAAUGGUUUAUGUGGAAUUAGGCAACAAAUGGACAAUAUUUGUUAAGAAUUAUGACUUAACAGAGUUCAUAUUGUCGUCAUCUUCAACCAACAUUCUAAACAAAUCUAUAGAUUAUGAUAACUUUCUUCCAUGGUUGGGCACUGGAUUAUUGAUUGCUCCAGGUCCAAAAUGGAGGAAACGUAGGAAGAUCAUAACGCCAGCGUUUCAUUUUUCGAUUUUGGAACAAUUUGUGGAUAUUUUUGAGUCAAACUUGCAAGUAUUGAUCAAGAUAUUGGAAAAAGAGGCUAUGGAUAAACCGGGAAUCGAUAUUUAUGAAUACGUUACCGCUUGUGCUCUGGAUACUAUUUGUGAAACUGCCAUGGGAGUAAGAAUCGAAUCACAAAACAAUAAAAACCAAGAUUACGUAUUUGCGGUAAAAGAUUUUUCCAGAAUUGCAAUGGCUAGGGGCUUUUCCAUUUGGAAAGGUAAAGAUAUCCUGUUCAAAUUAACCAAAGACUAUAAGAAGCAGGAAGAAAAUCUAAAAAUCAUGCACGGAUUCACGAAUUCGGUUAUUAAAAAGAGGAAAGAAGAAUUGCAAAAUAAUAAAAACCUUGAACAAUUAGAGGAAGAUAGUUUGGGCAGAAAGAGGAAGUUAGCGUUUUUGGAUUUGUUGCUGAAUUGUACUGUCGAUGGUCAGCCAUUGAGUCAAGAGGACAUUGAAGAAGAAGUUAAUACUUUUAUGUUUGAGGGUCACGAUACUACAGCAUCGGCUAUAUCAUCUGCAUUGUUCCUAUUGGCAAACCAUCCAGAUGUUCAAAAAAAAGUGCGGGAUGAACAGAGAGAAAUUUUCGGCGAAAAUCGAGACAGACCAGUAACUUUCCAGGAUUUUCGAGACAUGAAAUAUUUAGAGCUCGUAAUAAAAGAAACCGUAAGGAUGUAUCCAUCAGUGCCUUUAAUAGGAAGAUUAGCUACUGGAAAUAUUGACUAUAAAGGUCAUAUCAUUCCUAAAGGAUCCAUGAUAACUUUAUUCAUUUACGGAAUUAACCGUGAUCCUGACUACUAUGAAAAGCCUGAAGAAUUUAAUCCUGAAAGAUUUUUGGAUUCAACUGGCAAACUUCCAUAUUCGUAUAUACCUUUUAGUGCUGGACCAAGAAACUGUAUUGGACAAAGAUUUGCAGUUUUGGAAAUGAAGAGUGUGAUAUCGGGCAUAAUCAAAAACUUCGAGUUGUAUCCAACUGAUCCGCCUCACAAAAUGGUGGUGUCACCCGAAGCAGUAUUGAAAUCUGUAAAUGGUGUUAUGGUUCGAAUUCAGAGACAUAAAUGGGAAUAAACACAAUUAUACACCUCUGUAAAUAUUAUGGGUGCUCACUUGAAACCCGCAAUAUAUCCCUAUAUAAUGAUGCAUGAAAAAAAAUACUUCUUGAGGAAUAUUUUACUCCAGAAAAGGUAUUUGCGGCUUUCAGAGAAGAUUAUAACAGAUUCAGAAUUAGUUAAUUCAAACAAUUGGAAGCUUCGAUUUAAGUACUUAAGACUGGGUGGGCCAGGAGUCAAAAAGUUGAAGAUGGUUCCAGGGCCGAUCCUAGGAUAUCGGCCGCCCGCGUGCAAAGAAGAACAUUUGCGCCGCCCCAUAUAGAUAUAGCACCCUUACAAACUGCAAUGGGACUAAGCAUAGCAAGACUAUGUAAACGCCGUGAAAGAUUUUUCCAGAAUUGCAAUGGGUAGAGCUUUUUCCAGCUGGAAAGGUAACAAUUUGCUGUUCAAAUUAUCCAAAGAAAAUUAUCGUCAUUGUAAUGUACAGACUAUUAAUUCAUAAGUCAUUCAACAGUAUCAGCAAAACUUUUAUUGUAGGUAAUUCCGAAAUAUUUUUGAGAAUAAUUAAAUAGAACACACAAAGAAUAAUACUAGGUUUACUACAUCACCUAUAUUUGUAAAAAAAAGAGUGUAUUUUCACAUGGAUUGAAUUAUAUUGAGCAUGUUGCACAGACGUGCAAACAUCUAGGUGGCCCAUUUACUAUUCAUAAUAAUUAUUAAGUAUUAUUAUUUAAUGUAAUAAUUGUUAGUGAAUAAAUCACAGGAUUCAUCAAGUUUUCUGUACAAAUAAAUUAA